CUCUCUCGCACUUCUUUCCGCCCGUCGACGCGUACAGGUGCGUCCUGAAGUUCGAAAAACGAGCGGCUUUUCUGAGUGUCUACGUAGUUUUCGUUGUUUGUUGUUGUUGAAGUUUAAAAAAAAAAGCGCGCGGAUUAAAAAAGGACUAUCGAAAAAAGUGAAAAAUUAGUGAUAACUUUAAUCCCUCUCAAAUUUAAUUAAAUUUAUCAUUUUUUCGAUUAUUUUCUGGAAUAAUUUUUUUGUUAUUUAUUGUUACUUAUUCUAAAUCGGGGGCCCCACAAUCUAUUUCGAGUGCCGUUACCGAAAUAGCCCCCAAGUCAUAAGCGGAGUCUUUAAUGUUUUAAAACGUGACUGACGGGCCGUCUCAAUAAAACAGUGCCGUACAACUGAUUUUUUUUUUGUUUUUUGUUUUUGGGAUAUUUAUUAAAUUCCAUUAAGAAAAUUAGCGAUGUGAAAAAGUGUUAAUCACAAGAACUAAAGAAAAAUGACAAUAAACGUGAAAUCAAUCCAUUCCACGUGAUGACAAUGAAAACAAUUUGAGAAGUUAAAGUUAAAUUUAAGUAAAUGUGACUUAAAGUGACAAAUUUGAUUUUUUUUCCAAAAAAAAGUCAAAAUCUAAAAGUGAUUUAAUUCUUUUUAAUGUGCUUCAAAUCUAGUCAAUAUAUUCAAUAUACAUGUACGUCGACUCAUCAGGGAUGGGAAUUAAAACAAUGAAAGCAUUCAGCAGACCAAAAGAUAUACCAACACAGGUACCACCCUUAACUCCUGGUACCAAUAAGACGAUGACCGAAGCCUUAAAGGCUUCUUUUGCAUCUUGGGAAAAAGAACAGAUACGAUUAAACAUUACCAAAGACCCACGUCAAUGGACAGAAGAUCACGUCGCUCAUUGGCUUCGUUGGGCUAUGAAAGAAUUCUCAUUAGGUGGUAUAAAUCUGGAACAAUUCGAGAUGCGCGGAAAGGACAUUUGUGCAAUGGGAAAAGAGACCUUCCAGCAGAGGGCGCCCGCUUUCGUCGGAGAUAUCCUUUGGGAACAUCUCGAACUGUUACAAAAAGAUGUGGAAAAAGAACGAGUGGUUUUAACAUCGGGAAACAUCUCAGCAAUGUACGAGAACAUAUGCGUUCCGGAAUUAGGUGUCUUUAUGGAUUACACGCAGGCACCUUUAAUGUCAGAAGACGACCGGAAGAUCGUGACGCCGGCGUCAACGCACACGCCAUCUCCAGCAGCCAACAACAACAAUUUCCUCGAGGGUGGUUAUGGCCGCAGCCCCGCCUGCCCCCCAACGGAGGAGAUCAGAGAUGACAGUUCGCCACCGCCAGGACCUCCACCCACUAUGUUCCAUUUACCAAGAAGUCCCACGUAUCACCUAAAAGAUGGAUAUAUUAAAGGUUCGUGUCCUCCGAGUGAAACGGGGACUUACAGCGGCUUAGAAGGAUUACCCGCAAUGAACACCGAAGAUCAAACCCACUUUUUAGCUCCAAAUCAACAUUUCGGCGGCGACGAACACGAAUAUCAAUCGUUAGAUCAUCAAACGCAACCGUACCUGGAAAAUUCACCUGAAUUUUAUGCAAAUAAUCCACUUAUGGAAACCAAAUAUAAUCCCCAUCCAUACAUGAAGAAUUAUCCAAGAGGAACCGGAAGAUAUAAUGAUGGUUAUAGUGAGACUUACCUCAAUACAUUCGAUGGAACCCCAUUUCAAACAGUACCAAGUACCCCCGGAAAUGGUCCCGAUCAAUGGACACAUCCGGAAAUGGGACACUUAACGCAUCCUCACCCACAUUCUCAUCCCGCUUUUCAUCCGGCUGGAAUGACCGGAAGAGAUCUUUUGGGACAACUUGGACCUGAUACAAAACCAAUGAUUCAAAAUGGUGUUUUGGCAGGGUAUCCAAGUAAUGCAAAUGCAGGAGGAGCUUGUUUUACCGGAACUGGUCCCAUUCAAUUGUGGCAAUUUUUAUUAGAAUUGCUAACAGAUAAAUCGUGCCAAGCUUUCAUUUCGUGGACGGGUGAUGGUUGGGAAUUUAAACUAACGGAUCCGGACGAAGUGGCGAGACGCUGGGGAUUACGCAAAAACAAACCGAAGAUGAAUUACGAAAAAUUAUCGCGGGGUCUUCGGUAUUAUUACGAUAAGAACAUCAUUCAUAAGACUGCGGGAAAGCGCUAUGUGUACCGUUUCGUUUGUGAUUUACAAAAUUUACUUGGACAUACUCCCGAAGAGUUACACGCAAUGGUCGAUCUCAAACCAGAAAAAAAAGAUGACGACUGAUUAUUAAAUGAUCACAAAUAAUCAGUAUGUAAAGAAGAAUUUUGCAGAGUGUCGCCAAAGUCGAACAAACAAAGCCCAAAAGAAAGUCCUCCCCGGUGCCUGAACCUUAAAAAAUAAACAACAAUAAAAAUUAUCUGAAAUGAUCCCUCAAACAAAUUGCUCAUUAGUAAGAAGAAGUAUAUAAAAAAGGAAACAAACAGGAACGGAAUAAUAUUCAUGUACGAUACUUAUAACAUUUUCCUUUUUUUUGCAAUUUUAUCUUUUUUAACCCAAUGAAAAAAUCGUUACGUGUGAUUUAUUAUUAAUU